CAUGUUCGGAAGCAGCUUGCAGUGUUUUGGGAGGAAAAAAAAAAAGCAGCAGCAGGCUUAUGGAGUGAGGCGGCUGUGCGUGUUAUUAUUAUUAUUAUUUUUUCUAAUUCAUUUCAACAGCGCAAAUGAAUGAAGAGGCAAAAUACCUGCCCUGGAAAUGCUACAUUAUUGUUUGUUUGUUUGUUUGUUUAUUGGCCAAGCCACACACUGGUGCAUUGAGUGAGGUGUGUGUGCGCUCUCUCUCUCUCUCUCUCUCUCUCCGCAGUCAACAGAAAAAAGGGACGGAAUAAAAUGCGGCGCUGAAUGAAAACGAGUCCACUUCCGGGUGGAUUCCCUUCUUCCUUUAAUCGCUCGUUCACUCUUCCUCUUCGUGCUUCAGCGUGCUUUUUUCCCCCUGAAGUGGUCAUGCCUUUGUCUUUUUAUUCGGAAACGUUGUGCGGAGCCAUUUCACGAUGAGGUUCGACUAACACACACACACACACACAGCGGAGUUUAAAAAUGAGGAAGCAUUUUUUAAAAGACACUCAAAAGAUCCAGGUCUCGUUAUCACUCGGACCCGGUUUGCCCGAGAAAAGGUGGAUCGGAAUAAAAACCGAAUAAAGAAGAAGCGGAAGAAUAAAAUGGAGCAGGCGGCCGGGAGCACGCGGACAGCAGCAGCAGCACGGCGGCGUGUGCGCGCGCGCGCGAGUUUCCCCAUCCAGCCGAACAAAAUGAAGCGGUUCGACUCUUGAACGUCGGUUAAUCGUGUUUCAAGAAAAAAACAAACAACAAUACACGCAUUUUAGUUUUUUUUUUUAUUCAAGACGCCGUUCCAUGACAACCCCAUGAGUUUUCUUUUAAAGAGCUGUUUCUUUCUCUUUUAAUUUUAAUCCUUUUUUUGAUCCGGAUUCAGCGUUCAUAUUGUUCAAUGGAAGUAUGUUAUCAGUUACCGGUGUUGCCUCUGGACAGGCCGGUUCCCAAACAUGUGCUGAGCCGGAGAGGAGCCAUCAGCUUCAGCUCGAGCUCCUCUCUGUUCGGCGCCCCGGACCCGCGGCAGCUGGCGCAGAGACGUGGCGCAAUCUCCUACGACAGUUCUGAUCAAACUGCUAUGUAUAUUCGUAUGCUAGGGGCUUGUGUAAUAUUCAAACAGCUGUUUUCAAGAGAUGUGAGAGUGAGGAGCCAGGUAGGAUUUGAACCCGAACGAAGAGGCUCGCACCCGUACCUGGGUGUCGAUUUCCGCACCUUACACUCCCGUGCCGAGUCAGCGGGAUCGAUUCCAGCCCGGAGGAUCCGCAGGCUUUUCAGUUUCCAGCGUCACCUCCUGUCAUCCCGGUUGCUGCGCGGAGCUCCGCACCUGAACCCCCUGCACAUCCUGGAUGAAGAUUACUGCGGGCAAGCCAGGUGUAUGUUGGAAAAGGUUGGAAGCUGGAAUUUUGAUAUUUUCCUCUUCGACAGGCUGACGAACGGAAACAGCCUCAUCUACUUGACCUUAUACCUGCUAAAUCAUUACGGCUUAAUUGAGCUCUUCCAGUUAGAUAUGGUUAAAGUACGACGCUUUUUAGUUCUGGUUCAGGAGGAUUACCACAAUCACAACCCGUACCAUAACUCGGUCCAUGCUGCUGACGUGACCCAGGCCAUGCACUGUUACCUGAAGGAGCCCAAGCUUGCCAAGUCCCUCACUUCCUGUGAUAUCCUCUUGGGCCUGCUGGCAGCAGCCACUCAUGACCUGGACCACCCAGGGGUCAAUCAGCCUUUCCUCAUCAAGACCAACCAUUACUUAGCCUCUUUGUACAGGAAUACCUCAGUUCUGGAGAACCAUCACUGGAGGUCCGCAGUGGGUUUGUUACGAGAGACCGAGCUCUUCUCCCAUCUUCCCGCAGAGGACAGUGUGAACAUGGAGAGGCAGUUGGGCUCUCUGAUUCUGGCCACUGAUAUCAGCAGGCAGAAUGAAUACCUGUCCAGGUUCAGGAUGCACCUGGACCAGGAGGAGCUGUGUCUGGGAAACGCCUCACACCGCCACUUCGUCCUGCAGAUGGCCCUGAAGUGUGCAGACAUCUGUAACCCAUGUAGGCCUUGGGAACUCAGUAAGCAGUGGAGUGAAAAAGUGACUGAAGAAUUCUUCCACCAAGGAGACAUCGAGAAAAAGCACAAACUUGAAGUGAGCCCACUGUGUGACAGCGACACGAACUCUAUAGCUGAUGUUCAGAUCGGUUUCAUGACGUACGUUGUGGAGCCGCUGUUUGCCGAGUGGGCGCGCUUCUCGGACACGCGGCUCUCCCAGACCAUGCUGGGUCACCUGUGCCUGAACAAAGCCAGCUGGAAGGCCCUGCAGCCCGAGGAGGCCGAGUUCGAGCAGGACAGUGGCUCCAGAGCCUUACCUCAGGGAAGCGUCGAGUCCUGACACUGCCCCGCCCCGCCCCGCCCUCAAGCUUCAAUCACUUAUGAUUUGCUCACCUCCCAUCUCAAACCAACCACUGAUUUUUAUUUAAUUUAUUUAAUUUUAACACCCUUUUAUUUUCCCCUUUGACAUAGAGCAAUACAUGGAUACCUCAUUCAGCUACUGCUGCGAUUUUUGUUCUUACUCUUACGCAUUUUUUUUUUUUUAAUGUCGUUUUAUUUAUUUAAAAGUUUUUGUUCUGUUUUCAUCUGGGGGAGCAUCGCUAAUCGAACUCGGCUGGGGACUGGGGAACGCUGAACCCGAUGGAUCCCUUCUGCUGGGUUAAAAAGUGCCAUUUCUCCCCCCCAACCCCCCUACCCCUUACUGAAUUGCUCAAACACCAAGAGUAUUCACGUGACAAGUUUUUAAACGACUGCGCCAAGAGAUGGUGUGUGUGUGUGAGAGAGUGAGUGUGACUGAGUGUGCGUGUGUUGGUGCAUUUUGCAAACGAAUCUUCCUUCUUGUGUACAAAACUGAAAGAGAAAAAAAGACAAAUGUGAAGCGCCCAGUCAUUUGCUGCCUCUGUGAAGACUGUUUACAGAUUGUCUUUUUUUUUUUUUUUGUCAUUGUUAUAAAUGAAUCAUGUUGGUUCUGAUUUUUUUUUUUUUUUUGGCUUUAAGCACAGAUGUGAAGAACCACUUUUACAUGUUUUAAACUGUUGUGUUACUGCUGAUGUACUGAACAAAACAAAAGAAAAAACCAACCGAGGGACUGCACUUGAGUCAGUCUGAAACGCCAGAUGCCAUACAAGCGCCAUUUUGUGCUCCGUUGUGAAAUUUUCUCCCUGCACUCCAGAUUCUGGUGCCACAUGAUUCGGACACGCAGCUGCUUCUGCUGUGAAAGGACCAGGGACCGGCUUUCCUCCUUUCCCUCCUGAUCUUAUCCCCCAGUCCUCCCUUUCUCUACUUCCAUUUAAUUUACUCAUCCUCACACUUUUUCCCUUUCAUUACUCUUCCCUUUGACCCUCCCUUUCCCCUCUGUCACUCUGUUCGUUGCCCCGCCCUUCCCCAUCAAUCUCUCCGCCCCCGACCCUCUCAUUUUCCCUCAGCUACUCCACCUUUUCCCCUCCAUCACUCCACCCACUACCCCCAUUCCCUUUGCUGCCCCUCCAACUCUCCACCCUGUCAUCCUCCCUUCACCCCCCCCAAAUCAUUCCAUCCUCUGACCCUCCUCCCUUUCCCCCUAGUCACUCCACCUACUUGUCCUCCUGAGCCCUGGAUCGAGCCUCGUGCCACACAGGACAUGUAGCUGACUGGAAUCUCCACGGAUCUCGCUCAGGGUCUCGCAAACCUGCUCAUCACUCCGCUGGAAGAAAAGAGGAAGCGAAAGGUGCCUUUUAUAGGUAGCUGUCCCCUCCCCCGCCGUCUGGUAACUGCAGACGACAGACGUAGGUCUAGACUCCUUUUCCGAAUGUGUCUCAGCCACAGUCGAGCUCUCCAUCCGGAAGACUGCUUCAAAAUGAUGCCUUAAAACUAUGCACAAAGCUAAGUGACCAAACCAGCUUGUAUUUUCAUUAAAGCGCAUCAUCACGUCCAUUUGAUUCUCAUCCAGCCCUUUGCCUUCUGUCAUGGAAGAUUUUUUUUUUUUUAAAUAUUAAUAUAUGGCAGAUAAAUUGAUUUAAUAAUUCGUUGUUGGUUUUUUUUUUUUUAACAUUGAACAUUCCAUUUUUUGGUUUUGUGUAUAUUCUUUUUUUUCUGUACAGAUGGUGCAGUUUCCCCCCUUUCUUUUUUUUGCGCGUCUCUUUCCAGUUUGAAAGAGAGCAGGUGCUUUUCCCCUUAUUUUAGCUGAUUUGUAUUUUUGUUGUAAGUGCUGUAAGACUGUUGAUGAAAAAACUGUUUACAAUUUGUUGUAACAGCCAUUUUGGGGAGAAGACUUAAGUGUCAAGCCAUUUUGUAAAGGCUUUGUCGUACAGACUUUUUGAUACAUGCUUGUUGCAGUUGCAUUUUUGAUGAAUAAAAAUUGUUGACAUGA